GGGCACAGGUGGGUGGCACUGGUGGGCACAGGUGGGUGGCGCUGGUGGUCACAGGGGCACAGGUGGGUGGGCACAGGUGGGUGGCACUGCUGGGCACAUGUAGGUGGCACUGCUGGGCACAGGUGGGGGCACUGCUGGGCACAGGUGGGGGCACUGCUGGGCACAGCUGAUCGGAACUUGCGGGGGUCACUGCUGGGCACCGAUCAUCAGGGCACUGAUCAUCAGUGCCCUGAUGAUCGGUUGCCGAUCCCCGCUCUGACAACUGCCGGUUCUCGGCAGUACUUUCCUCACGAUCUGACAGCGUGAGGAAAGUGCAGCCGAGAACCGGCACUUGCAU